UUUUGGUACAAGGUUGCUGUAAGACGUUUAUUGUGUAAGUUUGAGCGGAUAUAGCACUUAUUUUUCUAGUAUGGCUAGCUUGACAUGGGUGACAAAAGCAAGAGUGCGCUCCGCGGCACCCGCACAUCCAGCAGACAGCAGGGUUAAAAAACCUGCUGACUAGAGAGAGGAGCAAACACCCAGAGGAUCUACAAAUAUCAAUAUUAAAAAUUAAGAUUCAAUUUAAACUUAUAUAAAUAAGAAGACAAAAUGGAAGAUUUGAAAAAAGUAUUUAUCCACAGGUCUCCAGUCAUUUUUGACUCCUGCCUACAGUGGAGCGGAACGUUUGGGCGCGUAAUUGGACUUGUGCGUUGUUUCUGUGCUUGAAAUGAAACAGGUCUACAAUGAGUGUGGGUUUAUAUUAACUAUGAGCGCGCAUAUUCUGGAGUGCAACUCCAGCGGCAACUUGACUCCAGCGGUGUCCGAGGCUGGGACUGUCCUCCCGGGCUACCUGGCCGUGAUCUUAUCGGUGCUCAUGGUGACUCUGGUUGUCGUUGUGGUGGCUGGGAACGCGCUGGUCAUCAUGGCUUUUAUUGUGGAUAAAUCCCUGAGAAAUCAAAGCAACUACUUCUUUCUGAACCUUGCUAUAUCUGAUUUCCUCGUGGGUGCCUUCUGCAUCCCAGUGUACAUCCCGUACCACCUGACAGGCCGGUGGAUGCUGGGUAAGGGGCUCUGCAAGGUGUGGCUGGUUAUGGACUACCUGCUCUGCACCGCCUCAGUCUUCAACAUUGUCCUCAUUAGUUAUGACCGUUUCCUGUCAGUCACACGAGCCGUUAAAUACAGAGCACAGCGAAACAUGACCCGCCAGGCUGUGUUCAAGAUGCUGGCAGUAUGGGUGUUGGCCUUCCUCCUCUACGGCCCUGCCAUCAUCUUCUGGGAGUCGAUCGUCGGCCAGAGUGUCGUCCCCGCUCACGAGUGCCAUGCCGAGUUCUAUUACACCUGGUACUUCCUGCUCAGCGCUUCAACCUUUGAGUUCUUCACCCCCUUUGUGUCCGUGACUUUCUUCAACCUCAGCAUUUACCUGAACAUCCAUCGCAGGACCAAGAGGGGAUGCGCCUGUGUGGAGGACGAGGCCAAGGCGCAGAGGAUCACUAAGAAGCACAGAGAAGGAGGAAGCUGGUCUGUGUUUUUUGUGAAGACUCGGAAGGUGUCCUGCAGUGAGCCUACUGCUAUCUCUGCAGUUAUAGAGGACGACGAUGUCCUGUCACCUUCCUCCUGCGGGGAGCCCAAUAACAGUCAAAUAUACCUGCAGAGGGAGAAGUUCUCUCCUAACAGAAAAAACUCCAGGCUCUUUCAGCACACAGCCUCUUGCAUGGCACCCAGCCGAAGGACACAGGUAUCUCGACUGUCUCGAGACAAAAAGAUCGCCAAAUCUUUGGCCAUUAUUGUUUGCAUUUUUGCCAUUUGCUGGGCUCCUUACACUCUACUAAUGAUUAUUCGUGCCGCCUGUCACGGUGAAUGUGUACGGUACUGGUACGAAAUAACAUUCUGGCUUCUGUGGCUAAACUCUGCCAUCAACCCGUUUCUCUACCCACUGUGCCACAGCAGCUUUCGAAGGGCUUUCUCAAAGAUACUGUGUCCCAAAAGACAAUCAGUUCAGCCUCAGAUUGAGGCUCAGUCUUGUUAGAUGAACUCAAUUGCACUUCCAUGCUUUAUAAAUGCUGUAAAUUUUGUUGGUCAAACACUGUAAAAAUCCAUAUACUGUUCUUCCAUCCAAAAGAAACCUUUUCUAAAUAAUAUAUGUAUUUGUCAAAGUCAUUUGUUCAAGGAUUGUCACAGCAUAUCGGACAGCAUUAUGACAAUUGAACCUUAACCCCGGAGAUAAUGAACUGCAGUUUUAAUAUUCACUGACAAACUCGGACAGAAAGAAGGAAUAUGGUUUAAGAUCUCUCCGCACACAACUAUUUAUUUGCUCAAUGCUGUGAAAAGAUGAAUGAAGAAGGGGAUGACUGUAAUUUAGUAAUAUUAUACAAGAACUACUGUACAGCACUAGCAAGUUGUUUAAUUAUGGUCUGGCUGCUAAAAUGCACUGUGCGUGAUGUAGCUUUAGCCAACAUCCAGUUUCUUACAGGGCUGCUGUGACAACAAAAAACUUCUUUUUAGAUUUAAGAAAAAUAGGAUUUUGUGGUCUUUAUAAAGUUUCAUAAUCUCUGCACAUGAAACCCUUUCACCUAGUUUUAAGUAUUUCGCAGAAUGUAAUCCUUCCCUCAUGCAGCAAUAGGAUGUCAAAGUUGGAAUGACCUGAAAAGAAGAAAAUAACCUGUACUUGUUUACUGUGUGAACUUUUAUCACGAUAAUGUUUUUUUUCAUUUUUACUGAAAAGUGGGCUAAGGACAGAGGGAAAUCAAGUGCCAUCAUCUGCCAACAAUGAAUCUGCACUGAAUUAAAAAAAAAUAUGUGUUCUUGUUGAUGUUAAAAAUGUACAGCACUACAGUAAAUGAGAACAAGCUAGAUAUUUGUGUGUUCUUAAAGUACAGUAUUUAUUCAGAGACUUGACUGGUUUAUACCACCCUAACUACUUGACUACUUUGUAUUUUGGUUAUGAAUGUGUGUUGCUGUAAGUAGCCAAAGAAAGAAUAAAAUGAAA